AUGCCCCAAGAGCAGAAGCAAAAGAAGAAACGGGUUCCAAUCACUGCCCUUACAAAACAAGAGAUAUGCAUUAAAAAAAGAGAAAAUAUGAAGCUCAGAGACGAGGACCUCGCCAAAGAAUAUGGUCUUGACCGGAGUACGAUCACUAAAAUCUUGAAACAAAGGGAUAAAUGGUUAGCAAUCGACCCCAACUCUAACUAUGCAAAGCAAAAGACGCAGAAAUCCCCAAAGUUUCCACAGAUUGAAGAAGCUUUGGCUUCAUGGUUGGCGAUUACAAGUUCUCAAGGAAAUGCCGUCAGCGAUGGACAACUCCAAGAAAAAGCCCUUGAAUUUGCUCAAAUCUCGGGUGCUCCGGAUGUUUCUUUACAGAUAACACCUCAAUCAGCGCCUAUCACUGGAACAGUUUUGUCUCCACCAGAACAUUCAAAUUUUAGUAGCACAGUUAGUUUGUUCCGUCCUGGUUAUCCUGAAGUUUCUCCAAAUAACCGCCAUUUUGAAAACUUGAAAAGUUUGGGAAGACUCGUUGAUGGCACUAAAGGAGCCGAGUUUAUUGACGGGAUGGUACCAAGAGAUGUGAAUAUGAGUAUCACUGUCGUCCGCGAUUGUUGCUUUGAUGGAAGUGAUCUGGUUCAAAACGUGUUAAUGGACGAAAUCUUUCCCAAGCAAGGCGUUAUGGUUGUUUCUUUUGAAGAAAUUGUAAAUGGUUUAAGAUCAAUUUAA